AUGACUGUCUAUUCGGGAUGUCCUAAACCAAUUGUUCCUGCUGAUAAAAACGUCCAUAUACCUAUGAUUGAUACAGAACUAUCCAGUAAGGUAUUCGUUUUCAAGAAUACAAUCUCAUAUUUAUGUAAUGUGGGCUAUGAAUUCUCAAUUCCAAAGAAAAACAACACAUAUCGGUCCAUUGAGUGUGGAAGUGAUAAAAACUGGUCUACAUUUGACACAUGUACAAUAAAACAAUGUCCUAAACCAAACGUUGCUGCAAUUAUCCCCUUACAUAUAGUUAUGAAUGCUACAGAAAUAUCCAUGAAUCGUUUCGUUUUCAUGCAAACCAUUUCAUACACUUGCAUGACUGGCUAUGAAUUCUCAGAUGCAAAUCCAAGCAACAUGAGUCGGACCAUUGAGUGUCAAAGUGAUAAAACCUGGACUUACGUUGACAAAUGCACAAGAAAGGUAUGUAAUCCACUCUCUAUCAAUCCUGCCGACAAGGUGCAUUUAUUGCAAAACGGUCCUACCGACAACGUGCAUUUAUUGCAAAAUGAAACAAAAAACGAUACUAAAAUAUACAAGUACCAGGAUAAGCAAUCUUAUGAGUGCAACGAGGGCUACGAAUUCACAAGAAAUCCUACUGGAAAUAAAACGCAGAGUACUACUUGUCAAAGUGACAGAACAUGGACUACAAUUGAAACGUGCCAAAGAAAAGAUUGCGGACCUCUGGACAUGUUGAAUAUUUCAAAUUUUAAAGACAAACUUCUAUUUUCUGACACAAAAUACGGAUCCAGUGCUGCUGUAACAUGUGUAACAGGGUACUAUGAUUACAAUAAAUCCCAGAUGAAGGGGGUAUCAUCCACACUGAUCAAAUGUUCUGAGAACGGAACAUGGGCAAAUGUACCAAACUGUGUCAGAAAAGAUUGUGGAAACCUAGUAGAUAUCCCGAUAACUAAUGCCGAUCACAGACGUCUACAUACAGAUACAACAUUUGAAUCAACAGCUGAUAUAGACUGCGAUGACGGAUAUUAUAUUAAAGGUAGAAAUCAAACAGCUGGAAUAUCAACGCAACAAAUAACAUGUUCUGAUACAGGAGCAUGGACCCAUGUGCCAGUAUGCGUCCCUAAAGAUUGUGGGAGUUUGGACAAAUUAAAUUUAUCAAAUGCUAAAAACAGAAGCCUGGUCAACGGAACCACAAUUUAUACGUCGCUGGCGAAUAUAACUUGCGACGAGGGAUAUAAGGAGUUACUUAGUAGCCAGGUACCAGGAUUAACAAGCACUUUGGUUAGAUGUAACGAACACGGAACGUGGGCAAAUCUACCGAAAUGUGUCAGAAAAGAUUGUGGAAAUCUAGAAAACAUACGUUUGACUAAUGUCAAUGAAAGACAUUAUAUGAACGGCACGGUAUUUACAUCGAUCGCAAGCAUUAGCUGUGAUGAUGGUUUCAAAGAUAAAUAUGGUGACCAAACCGAAGGAAUAUCCACAACUAUAAUAACCUGUAGUGAAACAGGCGAUUGGACGAAUUUACCAACCUGUGUCAGAAAGGAUUGUGGACCUUUGAGUGCCCCAGCAAAUGGUUAUGUUAGUUUUACCCAGAACAAUACAGUAUAUGGUACAAUUGCAAUAUACAAGUGUGAUCCUGGAUUCUUUAUGACCGGUCGAGAAACUGCACGAUGUAUGACAUCUGGUCAUUGGAGUAACAAUUUUUCCCAUUGCCAAAUAAAAGAUUGUGGAUUGCUGGUACCACCCAAAGAUGGCUUUGUUGUCACACUUAAUGGAACACACUUUGGUGCAUCUUCUGAAUUUAGGUGUAAUCCUGGAUAUACUUUGUACGGAGAUUAUUUCACAACUUGCUUGUCAAAUGGAGCAUGGCAAAAAUAUCACGUGACCUGCAUACUACAGAAGAAAGCAACGCCUAUAACUUGUUUUAGCUGUGAUGGUAUGUUCAAUCCUGAAUAUUGUGACAAAGUUGAACAUUGUCAGGGGACCCAGAUAUGCUAUACAGAAUCUUAUCAGACUGAUUAUGGAAAGGCAUUUCGCUCUGGUUGUAUGGAUGAACAAAAAUGUUACAAAGAGGAAAAUAGUACCUCAAAUUCUGUUUGUGUUGAAUGUUGUACAAGCGAAAUGUGUAACAAUAAAGGUUGUGGAAAUACAGAUUUUCCUUCAAGAGAACAUAGGGGUCCAAUGUGCUUUGAUUGUCAACAUAUCGGUGAUAUAAAUUCUUGUUUAAAGGUUACAAUGUGUGCAUCAGAUCAGGUGUGCUCUAUAGAAAAACAACAAUGGGGAGAUACUUACCAUUAUAAACUAGGGUGUACUCAUCAUUUGUGCAACUCAUUGUCACAUCAAAUUCCUGGGACUUUAUCAUCGUGUCACGCAUGCUGCAGAGACGAUUAUUGUAAUAGAAACUGUACUUCAAGUUCUUCACCAGGGGAGAUAUUUGUCGGUUAAAAACGUUAAGGAUAAAGAAUAGGAAGAAAAACAAACAUUGUAAUGCCGUUUUCUGUUUGAUCAUGGACUCAUCCACGCAGUCGUUUUGUAUAUAUUCUAUUUUUGCCUCAAUGCAUAGCAACAUUUUAUCUCUUCAAUUUAAAUCAAUAUCUUCAGUAAUAAAUUGUAUGAAGAAACUUCAAAGAAACGUUUAUUUUCUGACGGAUACAUGAAAUUGGUCAUUUUAUGCAUGCACAGAUUUGGAAAUGGACGUUUAAUCCUUUCAAGUUAAGACUCUAUGAAGACUCUACUUUGGUAUAAUAUUGUGUUUGUGUGUGUGUGUGCGUGCGUGCGUUUGUAUGUGCGUGCGUGCGUGUGCGUGCGUGCGUGCGUGUGUAUGUAUGUGCGUAUGUGUGUUUGGGUGAAGUUGAAUACUAACGUUCACUUUUUGUAUUUUUCAAAAUCUUUUUGACGAUGUCUAUGAUAGGUGUACACCUGUUUUAAAAUUAAAUAUUUUGAAUUAGAACAUUUACAUAGAAGCAUUUAUAUUUUUAUUGAUUGAUACUUUUGUUUCACCAAUUGCCUCUAGUGAUACGAUGAGGUCAUGUGUAUGAUAUUUUCUAAUUUCAUGAUGAAACUUAACAUAAUUACAUGAAAAAAUUAAUUUCAUAUUUCUAUUGCAUGCAGUGAUGAUUGAUAUUUUUUUACGAUUACAUACAUUUAUGAUGAUUAAUAUAUAAUUAGACCGCGACUGAUUAUUUUGUAAAGAAACAUUGUAUUAUAUGUUUGUAUAUAUGUACUCACUGUACUCACAGGCAUUUGCCUUUUUUUCAAUAUAAUUAUUCAUUCAUUCA